AUGUGCCGACCGACCUGCCCUCGUGCUUUGAUCUCAGAUGACUGGUUCGACGAGAAGAAGCUCUUGAUCGACAUCCGCAGCAUGUUCGCCCAGUACCACGGCGACAGCUUCCGAUUCAUUCACGGAACUGUCACUACGGUGGAUCACAUUAACAAAACCAUACCUGUGUCCUCGUCUUCCGACAAGCAGACUGAGCAGAUCGCAUUUCAGGCCCUCGUCGUCGCCAGCGGUGUAUCCACCCUCUUCCAGAUCCUCGGCCUCAAACCAGAACGCCGUCCACCUCCGGGAGAGCUUGUCCACUUUCCGCCAAACCCUUCCGCAAGCCAUAACCGUCAUCAUCGCCAGCGGUGGACCAGCAAGAGUAGAAACAGCCGGAGAGCUGGAAGAGAGUCUCAACGGCCGUCAUCGCAAAGGGUGGUUGUCCGCUGGCCACAACCUCAAGUCCACAUCACCCUCGUCACAUCCGCCUCCAAACUCCUACCCGCUCUCCGUCCAGCAUGGGCGACCAAAGCCAAGCGGAUGCUAGCUGAUGUCGGCGUGUCUGUCAUCAAGAACGCCCGCUUGCAGACAGUCCAUCCCGCAACAGCUGGGCAGGAUCAUACAGAUCCCGCGACGGUUACCCUGGAAGAUGGGCGCACAUUCACGGGGGACAUCUACAUACCUGCAACCGGGACGAAGUCCAAGCCUAGCUUCCUGAAUCGUAGUCUUCUAGCAAAGCCGGCGGAGAGGGUCUAUGCUAUCAGGGAUGUCGCGUCAUAUGCGAAGCGGCUGUCGGUGCAUGGGAUUUGGACGGCUGUGCCAAUUCUUUGUGCGAAUGUCAGUCGGGACCUGUUGUUGGCUGGUGAUAAAGGAGCGGCAGCUGAUGAUAAGGAUGAGGUCUUCACGGAGGAUACACGCGAGACGCAGAUCGUGCCUAUCGAGGCUGUUGACUGAGGAUAAUCGCGACUUCUUUCUUUUCUCUAGUUUCUAGCAUUUCUUUCGUCCUUACAUCCUCGCGGUCACUUGACUGUCUUCUAACUUCAAGGUAGUGGCCUUGCAACCACCUGUAGAGGACGUGGCGGCUACUUUGGGAGAUCCGGUCCUUCCCAG